ACAAACUAUUGGCAAUUGCAUCAAUGUAACUAACUACCGCGUGCAGGCCAUACAUUCUCCCGUAUAACUGAUCUAUAAAUUCCCGCAUCCCGCCAGAAGCCCGAUUCUCCACCGUCGGCUUGGCCUAUUGUCACACCUUUCACCCUCACAAACGACCAUCCGCCGCGUACCUCCCUUCCCCAACCUAAACCCCAUCCCAUGGGAAAAGGGAAUGGCGAUUCGAAUUAUAUAAUGAACCCACCUGAAGAACAAGACCAUACACCCUCCAAUUCCUCCAAAGUCAAAGUACUAGAAGUACAAGAACCAGAACAAGUAGAUGAAUCUCACCGUCUAUUACCCUCAAAACUCCGGUCAACUGACAAUAGUGAAAAAAUCGAACAAGAAGAUGUAGAAGAAUCUGCGUAUGAAUCCCAGGAAAAGAUUUUGAUUCUUGAUUUCAAAUUGGAUUCCACCAGCUCCACAGAUUUUAGCAGUGUGCCACCAUUUUCGUUUAAGAAAUUGUGGUUAUUUACGGGUCCCGGGUUUUUGAUGAGUAUUGCGUUCUUGGAUCCUGGUAAUUUGGAGGGGGAUCUGCAGGCGGGAGCAAUUGCCGGCUAUUCGUUACUCUGGUUAUUGAUGUGGGCAACGGUUAUGGGUUUGUUGAUCCAGCUUCUGUUCGUGAGGGUGGGUGUGGUAACCGGCCGGCACUUGUCGGAGUUGUGCCGGGAGGAGUACCCUGAUUGGGCCCGGCUUUUGCUUUGGUUCAUGGCGGAGCUGGCUUUGAUUGGGGCGGAUAUUCAGGAGGUUAUUGGCAGUGCCAUUGCUAUUAAAAUUUUGAGCCGUGGUGUGAUCCCCCUUUGGACUGGUGUCUUGAUUACGGCAUCUGAUUGGUAUGUUGUUUUUCAAUUUUCUUUACCAUUUUGUAGGUGAGAAAUGUUGAAAAUAAAGGGAAAAAAAUACUACCGGGACUACAGUUUUUUCAUCUGAAACUAGUUAGGAAAACCGAGAUUGAUAAAGUUCAUUUUGAUUAUAGUUUUUCUUGACAUACUUAUCCGGAACUUCUGGGAAUUGAGGUAGUCCUAUAUUGUUAAUAAAAUUCGAAAACAGAGUUUUUCUUCUCUUGGUCUCAAAGUUUUCCGUUAGUUGCUUGGUAUAUUUUUGUUAUAAUUCCGAUUAAUAAGUUUAUUGUUAAAAUGCCAUUCGUUACUGAGUUACACUCUGCAUGCCAUUCUGAGCUGUACCUUUAUUUUUGGUGGAAGCCAACAUUACUUUUGUAGUAUAAAUAUUUCUUGUUGUGAAAGUUGGUACCUUUACUUGUUUGUAGAAGAUGAUGUUAGUUUGGCAUUAGAGGCUUUUU